AUGUUGAUCAGAUAUUCCCUGGCAUCAAUUUCAGCCGCGGAGAUUAUCAAAGAUUAUAAAGUUGAUAAGUCAUGGGAUGAUGGCUCGUUAAUACAAACAACGCAAGUGGAAGAGUCAAUGCUAUUGAAUUGUGAUAGAAUGGAAGAUGGAAGAGUGUCUAUUUUAGAAGAAAAACCAUUGCUGUUUGUGCGAAACACUCUAAAUUUGAUAAAGUGA